AUGAGUGGCUCGUCGGAUGAAGGCCAGGCGACGGAAUCAUCGCGACUCACUCGAAAUGACAAAAAAGAGGGCGACAUCUCGUCUGUUUUCUCAACUUUCUCCGGCAGAAAGAGUCAACCACUGCCUGAACGCUUCCAUGAGUUGAAGCGUAACUUGACCACUGGCUUUGAAGAGCAGAUCCAGCAAUCGUGGGAUGACUUGGUCGAGACUCUGAAAGUGCGCACUGAAGAGGUCGCCUCCAAGCGAGAGUCUAUCAUCCCUCAAUUGAACUUCUCGGAUAUUCAAGCUGGCAAUGUUGCCCCCGAAAGUGUCAACGCCAUCCGGAGCACUGGUGUUGCAGUGAUCAAAGGAGUUGUGCCGAAGGAUGUUGCAGAGGGGUAUCUCUCUGACAUGCGUCAGUAUGUGGCUGCACACCCUUUCAAAGGCUAUCCAUCUGAUACGGAAAAUAAAGUUAUCUAUGAAUCAUACUGGAGCCCUUCUCAGGUGAAAGCGAGGUCGCACCCUAACAUGCUCGCCACACAGUCGUGGAUGAACCAGCUAUAUUCCGCUGAUGCGGAUCAAAAGGUGGAUCUCUCCGUCCCACUCAGUUACUGUGACCGAGUUCAAAUCCGCCCGCCUGGCGAUCAAACCUUUGCCCUACCGCCUCACGUCGACGGUGGAGGAGUCGAAAGGUGGGAGGACCGCGCCUACAACCAUGUCUACCGCAAGAUAUUCCAAGGAAAGUGGAAGGAGUACAACCCAUGGGAUCUAACUGGCCGACUCGACGCCAACAUGAACAUGUAUGAUGCACCAGGAGGAUGUUCAGUCUUCCGAGCCUUCCAGAGCUGGCUUGGAUUAUCCCGUCAUGGACCCCAACAAGGUACCCUUGUCGUUCAUCCAAUUCUACAGCCCUCCACUGCGUACUGGAUGCUUCGCCCCUUUUUCAAGCCUACUCAAAAGGGCUCCUUGGACGGAUGGAAGUUUUCCCUCGAUGAUGAGGAUGGAAAUACUUUCCUGCAUGGUGCAAACCCUGGAACUGCUCAAGAGCAUACUCCUGGCCACCACCCUCAUCUGAUGCUGAAUGAGACGAUGAUACCUUAUCCAACAGUUGAGUCAGGUGACACCGUAUUUUGGAGUGCCGAUACUAUUCACGGUACGGAGAGUAACAACACUGGCGACAACGAUGCUUGCGUGUUUUACAUUCCAUCCGUUCCGCUCACUCCCAGCAAUGCGCAAUACGUCGCGCAGCAGCGUGAUACUUUUUUGAAGGGCGUCCCCCCACCAGACUUCCCGGGUGGAUUUGGUGAAUCUGAAUUCACUGAUAGGGCACAGAUUGGAGAUAUCCAAUCUGAAGCUGGUAAGAUGGCUAUGGGUCUUAUUCCCAUUCAGGUUAACGCAAAGAGUGACAAUUCGGCAAAUCUUAUUCGUGAAGUGAACGGAAUUCUAGGUUACUAA